ACCAACAAUAGCGUUACUGGAAGCCGCUGAUAGGCUGAUGGCUGCAUAACGAAGGCUUUCAGGUUUCAAUCGCUACAACAAGUAUGUCUGACGGCCCCAAAGAGACCCCUUCUACUCCUCAAAACAAAGAUGCACCUGAAGCAGAAAAUGCUCCAAUGUCUAAGGAUAACAACAAUGUGGAGACUGAUGUACCAGAUGUCCCAGAAGUCCCAGAUGUCCCAGAAGUCACAGAUGUCCCAGAUGUCACAGAUGUCCCAGCUGUACCAGAUGUCCCAGAUGUCCCAGAAGUCACAAAUGUUACAGAUGUCCCAGAUGUCCCAGAAGUCACAGAUGUCCCAGCUGUACCAGAUGUCCCAGCUGUACCAGAUGUCACAGAUGUCCCAGAUGUCCAAGCUGUACCAGAUGCACCAACGUCUGACAAUAACAUUGUGAGUGUCCCACCGAAUGAGGUACCAAAUGUUACUGAAGCAUCUACCAGCAACCAGGAUGCAGAUAAGAAGCUAUCAAGCACUGUAGUGUCUGCAAAAUCUGAUAAGAAGGACCAUGCCAACUCAUCAAAGUCCAGAGUACAUUCCAGAAAGAGUUCUGCAACCAGCAGCAUGACAUCAUCUGCUCGAAGGUUGCGCUCAUCGGACUCACAGCUGCCCAUUUCUGGUGGAGCUAAAAAGAAAAAAAAGAAAGCGGCCAAAACUCCUGAAAAGCGAUCAGGCAAGAAGGAGGAUGACAAAGUCCACCGCUCCAUGUCCCUGUCGUCCGCCCUUCCAGACUUUGUGUUUCCCAUGACAUUAGUCGACCAGACCCAACUAAUCUUCAACUGUGUCGCAGAGCAUCAAGUCAAUGCUGAAAAUCCAUUCCUCAUGCUCAGGAAGGAAGCCGUUCUCGAAGACAUCAAAAACAGGGCUGGGGUCUCUGAUUUUUAUCCCUUUAAGGAGCAAAUUAUUAAAUAUGCAGGGGAUGAACUGAUGCUCUUCUACGACCAUGAAUACAAAUACGGUGGAAAUUUUUGCAUCAUUUUGUCUGAAGAAGCUAAAACGAAGAUGUACCAGUUUAUUAAGAUACCAAAAGAGACAAAUGCUGAGGUGUCCUUGGCGGAAUCAUCCGAUGUCACUCAAAAUUUAUCAAAGAUGUACGUGCCUAUUGCAGAACCGAGAGUGAGGAAAUGGAUUUCAUUGGGAAGUGAAUAUGAAAUUAAGAGUGAAAAUCCAGACGUGAUUCCCUCCUUUGUGAUCAUAAGCAGUAAGAAGAUGAGAAAAGAAUUUGGGCUCCCCUGUGAGUUGAAUGAUGCAGCACCCGGUACAGAGAAAGACCCGUAUGUUGGGUGCCUGGACAGUGUUGAAGGGGACUAUAGUCUGCAAAAGAUUGAACUGGACAGAGCUGUUCAGGCUGUCCCCACGACAAAAAACACCUCCUCGCAGACGAGGUGGAGAAAUCCACGGACUUCCUGUACGCAGUACGUACCCCGGGAAUUCACUGAACAAGAGAAAGAGGAAGAACAGCAGGACCCCAAACUGCUGGAUUUCAUUAUAGACGUGACCCCACUGUUCCAGGAAGCUCUGCAGCAGAAUGAAAUAACGGACGUGUUCUAUGACGACUGGCUCCAUCUCGGGAAGGAAGUAGAUAUUUCUGCUGGUCACGUUGACGGCCAGUUAAAGGAGUAUCAGUCGUUUUGUGAUUUGCAAUACAGCAAAGAGAAGGCGGGAGUGUACAUGCAGUGGCACCCGACCAUACGAGGUGUUAUUGCAAUAUCAAUGGCUGAGAACAUUGGUUUGGAUGAACGGAUCAAUCAAGAAUACAGAAUUUUAUUGAAAUCCUCACUUAUUUUGAUCUGGUCCUUCACAGACCCCAUACACCCCCAGCUGAUGUUAGAGGCCCCCGAAGAUGUCUUUUGCUUCCAGUUCAGCCCAUCGGACCCUAACAUCAUUGCCGGCGGCUGUUUUAAUGGCCAGGUGGUGCUGUGGGACAUCACCGAACAUGUGAACAGGUUGAAACAACCGAGACCAGGACAAAAAAAGCGGAAUGUAUAUCUGCCUGGUUUUGAAGAUCCUUCCUAUUUCCAAACUCCUGUCCUUCGCAACUGUGCAACGUCCAGCAUUGAGCACAGCCACACUGGUUGCAUCACAGACCUGCAGUGGUUACCCGAUCACUUUGAGAUAUCCAGAUAUGGCAUUCCUACAGAAAAUCAUGAAGGACAAUGCUGUCAGCUGAUGACCUGUGGUGGUGAUUUUCAGGUAUAUUUCUGGGACAUUCGAAACCCCAAAUCACAGAGUCAUGAUGCCGAGAAAAUGGCAGAAGUUUUGCGCGACAGAAACAAAGUUGGUCUUCCAGACACAUUCCAGUACCUGGAUCUCACCUGGAAACCUUUAAUGAGGGUUCAAGUGACCAAACCCGACUGUAACAAGGACUGUGCCAUCAUGAAGUUCAGCAUCGGCGAACGACAAGGGGACAGGUCGUCCAAGAAAUCGGAUGAAGAGAUCAAGAGAAGUGAUGAGGGAGGCUUCAAGAGCCAUCAUCUCGCUAAGGACAAGAAAGUUCUCACUUCGGUCAACACAAACUUCUACGUCGGAACAGAGUUUGGAGAAUUAUUCUACCUGGAUUGGGUUCCACGAAGAGACACCGAUUCCGGAAGGCUGCAGACUGAGAAACCCAAAUUCUGCAGUGAAAUGCACACUGGACCAGUUUGUGCUCUGAAGAGGUCAUACUUCAACAAACAAAUCGUCCUCAUGGUUGGAGGCUGGAGAUCAUCGUUAUGGAAAGAAGGGGUUCAUCUCGGUCCCCUCUACAUGACCCCUUCAAUGCCCACCAACGUCAUCGAUGGCUGCUGGUCCUUAACUCGAGCCGGUGUCUUCUUCGUAGCUCGGAUAGACGGUACCAUAGAUGUUUGGGACCUGCUCGACAGAACCCACGAACCAUUCCUCUCUCAGAAUGUUACACCUUUCGCUGUCUACAGUAUUUCUCUCUAUGAAUUCUCAGCGAAACGCCAACUGCUGGCUGUGGGCGACACCUCGGGGACUUUGCAUGUCUUGGAAGUGCCGCGCUGUUUUAUGGUUGGUCCACACAACGAGCUGAAUACCUUUAAUCAUUACAUUGAGCGAGAGGUGAAGAGGCUGGCUUACAUCAACGAAAGAUGGAACGUUCACGAGAAUGAAAGGUAUCGAAAAAAACCUACCAGGAAACCUACUAAUCUCCAGCCAAUACUGUUAAUUGAAGAAGAGAACCUAACAAAGAACAUCGCCCUGUACAACACUUACCUCACCAAAGAAGCCGCUGUGCUGAAGAAGAUGGGACUGAACAAAGACCAGGAGACACAAGAGAAGCAACAGCCGCAGCAGGAACCACCGGCAGAGGAAGCAGAAGCAACCACCAAAUGAAAACUGAGAAAUGGUAGCUCUUACUUCUCAACAUGGAUUCAGAAAGCCAUGUCUGUCUGUCUGUCUGCCCAUCCAUCUGUCAAUCUAUUUAUCUCUUAAUCUGUCUGCAAAAAGUAGGAAAACACAAAUUUUACAUAUAGUUCAUACUUUGUGCUCUACAGCUGUUUCGUUAAGAUAAACAUCGCCCCAAAUUUAUAUGGGUGUGUGAAU